CCAAUUUAGUUUGUAAUAGAAGCUGCGAAGAAGCAAAUUCCUCAGUGCCGGUUCUAGUUGUCUUUCCGAAUGGAUUUUCACAAUUUGGCGUUUCUGUCUGUGCUUCUGCUGUCAGCUUUAGGAUGCUGUGCUGGCCAGAAGCAGGCCCUCAAAUCAAGCAGCUUGGAGUCUUUGGUGGGAAAGAAUGUAACAUUCAGCACUACCGUCGACCCCGAGACCGAGAAGUUUGUCGUAGUAACCUGGGUAUUCAAUAGUGGUUCUGGCCCAAUUUCAAUCAUCAGUUCUGCAGUUGGGGUAAAUUUGAAUGAUGCAUACAAGGAUAGGGUUGAAUUCGACAGGACAAGUGGCUCUCUUGUGCUCAGAGAUGUGACUACCAGCGACACCGGAGAUUACUCUUUAAGCUUGGUCCAGGAGGAUGGCGCACAGAUCCCUGGAGAAACUAGGCUUACAGUUUAUGAACCAAUCUCAGAUGUGCUGGUGAAGGCCAACGUGACUGAUCCGGUGGAGUUUAAUGACACCGUCAGUCUCACCUGUACUGCCUCGGGCACCGAUCCUGCUUUCAGCUGGAUGUCCGGCAGUGAUCCCAUCACAGCCACUGACCACCUGCUGCUGAGUGAAGACAAAAGUCAACUCACCAUCGCUAGCAUCCUGAGGUCCGACAAGGGGCCGUUCACCUGCGCCGUUUCCAAUCCCCUAUCAAAGGCGUCCAGCUCUCCCCUCUCCUUCAACAUCAGCUAUGGGCCUGAGACUGCUGUAAUGACCGCAAGUCCCCCAAAGAAGGUCCACCGCACCGGGUCCAACAUCACCCUGUCCUGCUCGGCUGAGUCCGUGCCUCCCGCAGAGUUUGAGUGGCUUCUAAAUGGCGAGAGCCUCGAAAAAACAGGACCGGUGCUGAAGCUGGAGGACCUUCAGGUGGAUCAAAGUGGCGAUUACUCCUGCCUGGCCAGUAAUCCUAAAACCAUGAGGUUCCUGGCAUCUGACGUCACUAAGAUCAUGCUGUUGGAGCAAAUAUCUGGAGUUGAAGUAACUGGACCCACAGUCGCUCUGAUAGCAGGAAACAGCACUGCAAACAUUAGCUGCCAGGCAGCGAAGGGCGUCAUCACCACCACAGAGUGGCUGAAGGAUGGAAAUCCCCUGUCACGUAGCGACAGAGCAACCAUCUCAGCCGACAAGAGCUCUGUGGCUAUUUCUCCAGUAGAAAAAGAUGACAGUGGAGUGUACAAGUGCGUGCUCACCAAUGAUGUGAGCACUGACUCUGCCAGCUACACAAUGACUGUCAACUAUGGACCAGAAAAUGUGGACAUAAAGGGAGUGAAGGAGGUCAAGGUAGGCGAAAAGAUGGAAUUGAUAUGCUCUGCUUCAUCGGUGCCACCUGCCACGUACUCCUGGACCAUCAAUGGAACCCAAAAAGAUGUAACAACACCAAUGUACACCAUGGACAAAACCGCCUACCACAACAGCGGAAAUUAUGAGUGUGUGGCCACCAACAGCGUGACUGGAAAGAAUGCCACUGCUGUCCACAAGCUAGAAGUAGUAGCAGAAGUAGGACUGUCAUCAGGAGCCAUCGCUGGGAUCGUGAUUGGUGUCCUGGUUGCCGUGGCGCUCAUCGCUGCCAUUGCGCACUGCAUGAUGAAGAAGCCGAAAGUCACCGAAUCACCGUACUAGCAUGGGAGAACCGGAGUUGAAAUACACGGACAGCAGCCAAUUUCCACAACUCUUAAAAGGCGGGGCGGAAUCCAGGUCCAACAAAAUAUUUGGCCCCAUGGUGCAGUCCCGCCUGCUACCCAAAUCUGCAUGCAAAACCCAUAGUGGAGGUGAGAAGACACACCCCAUGGGCCCUCACCACGGUACCCACUCGAAGGGCGAUGAGCCUCCGGGCACUGGGAGGGUGGAGCGCCCAUGCGCACUAACACGCUCGUUUGAAACAAUCUUUUCUUUCAUCAGUGAGGUACUGGGGGGCCACGGUCACCCACUGUUAAACAGAGGAAUGUCAUUGCUUACAUCCCAGUUUCUUUACUGAUUUUUGACACGACAGUGAUACUUUUAUUUGAAUCCCCUGUCCACUAAAAAACACACACAAGUAGCAAAUGUAUCUAUAACCAGUCUGCCCUCUGGGUAUGAGUGUGGAAACCAUAGACGGUUCCUGCAUUUUGUCUUCCUUCUUUAGAUGGUGGGAAAGUGGCUCGUGAUUAGCGAGUUAAGUUGGCUUUUGACAAUCCUCUAAAUAAUAAAAUAACUCUGCCUAUUUGUUAGAAAAAACACAUUGUUACUGUCAUGUCCACAAGAGAGCUCACAUACACUCCUACUUCCUAUGUGUCGAAAUAUAGUUUAGUCCUGUUGUUUAAUACUACUUUAAUAGUGAUUUUUUUUAUAGUUUGCAUACUUCUGCUUACAAAAAGAUUUCCAAGACAUUGAUAACAGAUACAAAUAUCUUGUAUUUGUGUAAAUAAACUGGAAUGAUUUGUGGGCAAUGAUAUUCCUCUUUUGUGGAUGUGUUCUUGGGUGUGUAAUUGCUGACUAUUUCUUUAACCCCAGUUACAGACUGUCCUAAUUCAAAUUUGAUUCAUUGUCUCUUAAGCAAAGACAAACCAUUGAAGUUUAAAGCACAAGUUAUGUUAGUGUGCACAGCAUUGUAGGUGGCAGGUAUGUCAGUGUAUCUUAACACUUUUCUCUGUAAUCCCCAUUUUGAAAGUAGUUGUUCCAACCAUGCUUAAGAAUCUUAAUAGACUCAAUAUAUGCAACCCUCUCAAAAAUUGCUAAAUUAGCCUUUUGUUACAGGAUUUUAGGACAGACAUAUUAUGUUGGCACAAAAAUGAACUUGUUUAUUAAGAGUUGUCAUUUUUUCAUUUUUUGCUGACCAGAACUCUUAAAGGAGCCAUGUACUCAUAAAGGAGCUUAGAAAAAUAUUGCAAAUUUAGCUUUGACACUCUUCCUUUAGAAUGUCUUAAAUUAUGGCUUACCGAGUUGCUCCACAACAUAUGGCAUUCAAAGAGUAUUACAACCAAAUGCACACUGAAUGGGGAUGUUUGAAGUGGCACACUAAGUUUUGAGAAGAUGUGUCAAUGUUUCUUUACUUUAUUUCCCUGAAAAUUAAAAAGAUAUAUGUGUAGUUCAAACCAGAAAACAUCCAACACAAUUUUGUAAAUGUUGGGAAUCAUUCAAAGCUACUUUUCUUUUUGGAAAAGUGACUUAUUUAUUGAAAGUACCUAUUGACAAGUGGAACACUCCUCUGUUGUUGUUUUGGUGGAUUAGCACUUGUUAAACCUUAUGAAAACUGUUUUUAAACAGUAUGAAAAGUGGAAUUGGAAUAAUAUUAAGCAUGAUAGAAAAAUGUAACUGGAAUGAACUCAACACCUCUACCAAACUGUGACCUAUCUGGCUUAAAAUUACAAAAUCAUUUUCAGAGGCAGUGGCAUUCAAUCAAAUAAAUAAAUAAUACAUUAGCAUAAUACAUUAGGAAAUUAGUAUUAUUAUUAGCAACUGGGUUGUUAAUAAUAGCAGGUCAGAAUUUUUAUACAGUUGUAGUCAUGUAUUUUCUUUUUCUUUUUUAAGUGUGAAUGCCAGAAAUGAAACUUUAGCUUUUUUGGAUUGGGUGGGGGUUGGGGUUUGAGGUCUAUGUCUUUUUCAUGACUUUAUCUUGCAUUUAACCCUAAAUGUUCAGGGGCAGAUUCCAAAGGGGGUUACAGCUUAAAUAAAAUACCAACCACAGUCGUUUUUGUUUAACUCUGCUGGAGUAUGUAUCAGGAGAUUAUUUGUAUUGUCUUUUUUUAUUUAUUUUUUGAAUAUUGACAAUAAGUGAUGUUGAACUAUCCAAGUUAAUGACUUUAGCUCAUCAGUCCCUGAUGUGGAGUACAUGUGUAUUUUGUUGCACGGUAGUAGCCAGUAUUCAGUGUAAUAUCUUGUCCGUUCUUCUUCCCUCUAUACCGCUGCUACCUUAAACCACUGACAUAAAUAUGCUUUAAAUUGUGGGAUAUAAACAUGUCAAACAGUGGCCUUGAGAUCCUGUGUGUCAUUAUCUCUAGGUGACAUAGAUGUCGAGUUUCAGCAGUCUGAUUGUACUCUACCGUAUCUCUUCUCCGACCGCACCCUUUUCCCUUGCGCUAAAGAAAUGGAGUAGCUCUAAAAAACAGCCUUGAAAUCUGCUUUCAAUAUGUACGUAAGAGCCAGGGAGUGUAAAGGGUGGGGCUAGCCUCAGGUUCAUUGCGUAAAACCGCACUGAGAAGUUGUGUGAGUCUGAGUGUCCCUCACUACAGUACCUGUUCCUCCUAAAUCAGACUGGAUUUUGAUCUUCAGCCCACGCGGUCACUCGUCCGACCUGUUUUGCUCAGGACAUGGUGUUGUUGUGUGGUCGUUCCCACUGUGGAUGGAACCACCUGCCCAAGACAGUCCCGUGUUACUGUUACUGGGCAUGCCCAGUGGCGAGUUCCUCUCACUCCAGGCCAGGAUAAGAGCAUGGUUGUUUUCCCAUAAUGUUCAUAUGGCAAACAAAAUGAGGCAGCUGCAGGAACUAAUUGCUGUCAACUCAUUUUGCCAUAACCAUAGCCUUACCCAGCAACUGGAGGACCUAGAAUCAAAUCUGUUUAAGUAUUCAGCAAGACCAUUGCAGGCACAAUGUGUGAAAUCUCAUUUUUUAUUUCUCCCUGUGAUCAUGGUGCCUAGGUGCAGCCUCUGUUUGCAUUGUGUGCCCUUAUGGCUUAAAGGAAGCAUGGAAGAGUGAACUUCUCAUUAACCAGAAAACACUGGCAUGAGGGUAUAUAGAUAUUAAAUAAAUAUAUCCUUAUUUUGGUUUACUGUGGAAAACAGUAAUAACAAUAUUAUUGGCAUGCAAGGACUUCUGGCAAUUCAGGUGACUGCAAUAUCAUAAUUCUAACUCUGUUUGAAUGUAUAAUCAAAUAAUGUAAAAAAUACAAAAAACAAAACAACCUUUGGAACUGCCUGCAUGUUUCAUGAUUAACAGGGUCCACCCAUCUCUCUUACUCUUGUUUUUAUACAACAAAUAAAUAAAUAAAUAAAUAAAUAAAUACAUUGGAGGGGAAAAAAAAGAUAGAGCAAGGGAGAGCGGGAUGAGAGAAAGAGAGAAGGGUGGGGUUUGAAAAUUGGUAUACCUUGUUCCCUGUGCUGAACCGUUUUUUUUGUUUUGCAUUGCUACUGCGUCAUUCCCCUGGGGCGAGCCUUGCUCUCAUUCUUGUCUACAAGGUAUUUUCCUUUUUUGCUUCUAAUUUGGAAAAUAAACAUGUAAAUGUCUGUUCUGUUGUAUGUAAAGUACCUAUUUUUGUAUGUUAAUAAAAUUACCAAUAACAACUGAAAA